GGAAGCGUUCGUGAAGGGCUUGCUUUGGGAAAAGUAGGAACUGGUGUCGCUGUCUGGAGAGUUACCGACUGAGUGGAGCGUUCGUCGACCGGACAUAAGGAGACGUAUACGGAUAGGAGGCCAGCGUUAGUGGUCGGCCGUCUGUUCUCACUCCCAGUUAGGAGCAAGAGUUCUGAGCACCGACCAGCAUGAGCAACAUCUACAUCCAGGAACCUCCCACCAACGGGAAGGUUUUAUUGAAAACAACAGCUGGAGACAUUGACAUAGAAUUGUGGUCAAAAGAAACACCUAAAGCUUGCAGAAAUUUUAUUCAACUUUGUUUAGAAGCAUAUUAUGACAACACCAUUUUCCAUAGAGUUGUACCUGGCUUUAUAGUCCAAGGGGGAGACCCUACUGGCACAGGGACUGGUGGAGAGUCUGUCUACGGAGCCCCAUUCAAGGAUGAAUUCCACUCACGGUUGCGUUUUAAUAGGAGAGGACUGGUUGCCAUGGCAAAUGCUGGUCCUCAUGAUAACGGCAGUCAGUUUUUCUUUACCCUGGGUCGAGCUGAUGAACUUAACAAUAAGCACACCAUCUUUGGAAAGGUUACAGGAGAUACAAUAUAUAACAUGCUGCGACUGACAGAAGUAGACAUUGAUGAUGAAGAAAGACCACGAAAUCCACACAGAAUAAAAAGUUGUGAGGUUUUGUUUAAUCCUUUUGAUGACAUCAUCCCAAGAGAAAUAAAAAAGCCAAAAAAAGAGAAACCGGAGGAGGAAGUAAAGAAAUUGAAACCCAAAGGCACAAAAAAUUUUAGUUUGCUUUCAUUUGGAGAGGAAGCUGAGGAAGAAGAGGAGGAAGUAAAUCGAGUUAGUCAGAGCAUGAAGGGGAAAAGCAAAAGUAGUCAUGACUUGCUUAAGGAUGACCCACAUCUCAGUUCUGUUCCAGUUGUUGAAAGUGAAAAAGGUGAAACAGCAGGAAAUUCGGAUGAUUAUGGAGAAAAUGAAGACGCAGAGCAUGGUGAAUGUAUUGACAGUGAUGAGAAGAAUCUGAUGAGAGAAAGAAUUGCAAAGAAGUUAAAAAAGGACACAACCACAAAUGUUAAAUCAGCUGCAGAGGGAGAAGUGGGGAAGAAAUCAGUUAGCCGCAGUGAAGAACUCCGAAAAGAAGCAAGACAAUUAAAGAGGGAACUCUUAGCAGCAAAACAAAAAAAAGUAGAAAAUGAAGCAAAACAAGCAGAAAAAAGAAGUGAGGAAGAAGAGGCUGCUCCAGAUGGUGCUGUUGCAGAAUACAAAAGAGAAAAGCAAAAGUAUGAAGCAUUAAGGAAGCAGCAGGCAAAGAAAGGAACUUCCCGGGAAGACCAGACUCUUGCUCUGCUGAACCAGUUUAAAUCUAAACUCACUCAAGCAAUUGCUGAAACUCCUGAAAAUGACAUUUCCGAAACAGAAGUAGAAGAUGAUGAAGGAUGGAUGUCACAUGUACUUCAGUUUGAGGAUAAAACCAGAAAAGUGAAAGAUGCAAGCAUGCAAGACUCAGAUACAUUUGAAAUCUAUGAUCCUCGGAAUCCAGUGAAUAAAAGAAGAAGGGAAGAAAGCAAAAAGCUGAUGAGAGAGAAGAAAGAAAGAAGAUAAAAUGAGAAUAAUAAUAACCAGGACUCCCUGGAAAUGUGCCUGCAAUAAAUGGCCCUGUAACAGCCAUUGUUCCCAACAGCAUCACUUAAGGGUGUGAAAAGAAGUAUUUUUGAACCUGUUGUCUGGUUUUGAAAAACUAUUAUCUUAUUAUGUGAAUUGUAGAAUGACGUAAGCAAAUACUUUUGGUUACUGGUACAUGUUUGUUUUUUUUCCUAGUUGACCUUUUGUAUUUCUAAAUCUGAAAUAAAAUCACUUUCUUUCCAGUUUACAUGUUAACCAUUUGCAGACUCUGUAAGCCUGCUGUGUGUUUUACCCUAAAAUAUAUCAAAGAAUUCAUUUUCAAGACUUCUUUAAGUUCUUGCAGGAAGACUGUUUGAGGGAAACCUCCCUGGCAUUCUACCUAGCACAGCUACUAACUUUGGGAUAUAAUUUAAAAAUUAAAUAAUAUAAAAAAUUA